AUGGCGGGGGUAGAGGUCGCGCGGGCGGGAGGAUAUGAGCAGGGGGAGAUGAUGGACUGGGAGGACGGGAACAGACGUUGUCUCGUCAGGUUUCGCCAUGGCGAGGAGACAUGCUGGAUCAAUGACAGUUUGAUCCGUCUGAUACCCGAAGAGCAUGAUCGCGCUGGGUUCAGUCCGUCUCCCGGGGAUGUUGUCGAGGCAGCGUUGCCCGACGAGAAUGGGAACUUGAGGUACUGGUGGGAAGGAGUAGUGAACGAGGCAAAAGGAAAUUUCUUUGUCGUCGAGUUUCCCCAUGAGCGACACUCGAAGAAGAAGGAAGUGGUAGAAUUGGAUCAUCUCAGGCCAACUUACGGACACCCUACGUUGUGCAUCGAAAAGAAGAUGAUCGAAUUUCCUCCGAACAUGCAAGCCUCCAAUGAAAGAGUUGAGAAGUUCCUUGAUUCCAAACUCAAGAACGUCAUCGGCAUUCUUCCUGCAGUGGAGGUUGCCUCAAAUCUCGUGGAUAUAAUCUUCACACAAUCUUUCGAGGCCAUACACAUGAAUCUCGUGAACAAUGCGCAGAAGAAUACAGAAUUUAUCAACGUGGAGAAGAAAUAUGCAUGCGUGAGCUUCCAAGUUGAUCCCAGGUACCUGGGGCUCGUGAUCGGACCCCAAGGAAGAAACUUGAAACCAGCCAAGGAGAUUCAAGGCAUUCAGAGCAUCGAUGUGUAUGCCAACGGACUUGUCAACAUCUACGGGGACAAUCAGAAUGUGGUGGAAGAAGCUCGGAAGGAGCUGGAGCUGGUGACAGAGAACAUUCCAAUCCAUCGGAAUCAAGUUGGGCUGAUCAUAGGGAAGGGAGGAUCCCAGGUGGAGGAUACUGAAGAAGCAUAUUACAUCCAAAUGUUUGGAACUCGGCAUUCAAUAGAGACGGGGCAGGCGCUUGUCAAAUAUUUGAUCUCAACUUUCCAAGAGAAAGAGGAGAAGCAGGUCAUUGAUUGA